UGUGUCCCAUCAACUAGGGAAGAUGGUGGCCCAGGCCAGGGGAGUCGCUCCCAAGUCCAGCUGUCCCCUCCCCUGAGUCUGGGGCCCUGGGAGACCCCUCCCCUCCCCGCGCGGCACGGGGAUGGCUAUGUGGCCUCACGGGAACCACUCUCUGGGCUCUUGGCCAGAUGCCCCCACCCUGGCACCCAAUCCGAGUGGACUACCAGGGGUGCCGUGGGCAGCAGCGUUGGCCGGGGCGCUGCUGGCCCUGGCCACGGUGGGAGGCAACCUGCUGGUGACCGUGGCCAUCGCCCUGACGCCGAGACUCCAGACCAUCACCAACGUGUUUGUGACUUCGCUGGCCACAGCCGACUUGGUGGUGGGACUUCUGGUGGUGCCGCCGGGGGCUACCCUGGCGCUGACUGGCCACUGGCCUUUGGGCGCGACCGGCUGUGAGCUGUGGACGUCGGUGGACGUGCUCUGCGUGACUGCCAGCAUCGAUACCUUGUGCGUCCUGGCAGUGGACCGCUACCUGGCCGUGACCAGCCCGCUGCGGUACCGCGCCAUGGUCACCAAGCGCCGUGCGCGGGCGGCCGUGGUGUUGGUGUGGGCGGUGGCGGCUGCGGUGUCCUUCGCGCCCAUCAUGAGCCAGUGGUGGCGCGUGGGCGCCGACGCCGAGGCGCAGCUCUGCCACUCCAACCCGCGCUGCUGCUCCUUCGCCUCCAACGUGCCCUAUGCGCUGCUCUCCUCCUCCGUGUCCUUCUACCUGCCGCUCCUGGUGAUGCUCUUCGUGUACGCCCGCGUCUUCGUUGCGGCCAGGCGCCAACUGCGCUUGCUGCGCCGCGAGCUGGGUCGCUUCCCGCCCCGGGGAAACCCGCCUCCCCCGUCUCGCUCCCCGUCCCCCGCAUGGGCGUCCGAGACGCAGGCUGCGCCCGAGGCCGGUCCCCCCUGCGGUCCGCGAUCCCCGCGCCUCCUGCCCCUCCGGGAGCACCGGGCGCUGCGCACCCUGGGGCUCAUCGUGGGCACCUUCACCCUCUGCUGGCUGCCCUUCUUCCUGGCGAACGUGCUGCGCGCCCUUGGGGGGCCCUCGCUCGUUCCCAACUCGGUUCUCCUCCCCCUCAACUGGCUGGGCUACGUCAACUCCGCCUUCAACCCGCUCAUCUACUGCCGCAGCCCCGACUUCCGCAGCGCCUUCCGCCGGCUUCUGUGCCACUGCCCAGGCUGCCGACCCCAGGCGCCCUGCGCCGCCGCCUCCGGAGGCCGGCCAGCCCCGCGGGGCGCACCCGGAGGUGAUGGCAGGCGCUGGCGGCUCGGGCCAGGAGAGCAGUCGGAGGCUCCAGCUUUGCCUUUGGGUUUGGCAGAGGGUGGGAGCUGGAGAGGUUUGGCGCCUGGAGAGAGGAGAGAGCACACAUUUCAGAACCAAAAUGCGGCUGGGCCCUGUCCUCUUCUUGACCUGAUCACCAGGGUUGACGCGAAGGAGGACAGGUGGGGUGUUCUUCAUUCGGGCCUCUUACACGCCACCCCACCCCGAGUUUUCUAGUUCAGUGGUUCAGCCGCCCCGUCCUCUGGUCAUCGAUACACUUGUCUCGGACUCUCACAGGAGGGUGUGGCUCUCCCAACCCCUGAAUUGGUUCUGAUUUCUCUCAAAGGUAGGAUGGCUAUGAAAGUGAAGAUGACUCCAGAUGCAAACAGCGGCGGUGGAGGAACUGUGCGUGGGAAUUGUGCGUCCUCCUUCGGAGGCCGAGGCUUCCAGGGAGCUCUUUAGGCUUGAAGGACAAUAAACAGCUCCGUGGAUGUCUCCUUUGGAAGCCUCUGGCCUCUGUUCCCAGUGAGCCCUCGCGUGCUCCAGUUUUGGAACUCUGUUCUCUGCAACCUACUGACUAUGCUGUGAAGUGGGGAGGGGAGGGAGACCCUGAACUAAGUGCUCAGUCACUGUCCUGAGAAGGUUCCUGAGCUUCACCCCUGAACACACUACUACCUCAGCAGCUGGGCUGCUGGGCCAGCUGUGCCCAGCCAUCCUGGGAGCAGCCCCGUGGCCUCGCUCACAUGUGUGCUGAGAGCACAGGGUAAGGAGGGCACCCCAAGCUCCAACCUGACUGCAGUGAACCCCUCAGUGUCUGCAGGCCCUGUGGCCCAGGCUGAUGGCAGGAGGCUUGAAAAGGCCGAGGUUCAGGGAUCCGUCCCUGUGUCCCUCCCCGUGGCUCUCUGUGCCCCAGUGCUUGUCACAUUAGACACCGAACAGCUCUGAUCUACCUCACAGCAGUGUCAGAAGGACUUCAGAGUGUGGGGGGACUGCAGGCUUCACAGGAAGGUGAACCAUUGGAAUGGAUCCCUUUUUUCCAUUAAAAUCAAAUUAAUAAA